GGGAAUGUCGUGGUCCAUUCCCCUCCUCAUCAAAUUUGUCAAAAUUUCUCCUCCACAAUUCGUAUUUUGUUUGAUGCGAUGUGCAGUGCCAGCUCUACUUAAUCCGAAGCCUCUCCCAUGGAAAGAAGAAUUUUUUUCAAUCUUAAACGACCCGACUGAUUCUGCUCAUGGCUGUUAUCGCUUUCCCGCGCAUUCUUUCUCGGUUCUUGGCGCCAAAUCACUUCUCUCUCCGUAGAAACAAAUGCAUUUGUUGCGCCUCUCCAGCAGCGAGAGAAACCAAAAGAAAAGGGUCGGCGAUUGUGUGGUUCAAACAAGAUCUUCGCGUGGACGAUCACCUCGGCCUCAUGGCUGCCUCUCACUAUCAAGCUGUUCUUCCUCUUUAUGUUUUUGAUCAUAGGAUUCUUUCUCUUUAUUCUGAUGAAAUGCUAGAACUGGUUCUUUUUGCUUUGGAAGACUUGAGAAAGUCAUUAAAGGAACAAGGGUCUGAUGUGAUGAUCAGAUUUGGAAGAGUAGAAAAUUUCAUCAAGGAACUUGUAGAUGAGGUGAAAGCAACCAGUAUAUUUGCUGAAGAGGAGGUUGAGUACCACCUUCGGAUGAUGAUAGGCAUUGUGGAUGAAACCUUUGCUACAACAAAUUUUAAAGAUGGGAAGCCAAACAUUUGUCUGUGGCAGACACCAUUUUAUGAUAUUAAGAAUCUGAAUGACCUGCCUGUAUCAAAUAAUGACUUUGUGAAACUUCAACUGCCUGUAACUUCACCGACUCAGUCCCCAACAUUAUCUGGUUCAAAAUUGGAAGUGGAUUGGGGUCCUCUGCCCACAUUUGAUGAUUUGAAGAAAUUUAUGAAUGAGAAUCCAUGGAAAUUAAAAGAGAGUUGGACUGUAAUCAAGAAUAUUUCAGCUGAAACUAUAUUACUUGAGAAGUUAUCAAAAUCAGGGGAAAGAAGUAAAAGAAAUUUGAAUGUCAAUCAUGCUCCAGUGAAGAAGCCAGAUGCAUCCGUUUUUGUUACAGAGAAGGGUAAUAUUGUAGGAGGUGGAACAAAUGCUAUAUUGAAUGCAUUGGCAGCAUAUUUGAGAUAUUUGGAGGGAACAGCUCGCGAUGACUGGCAAGAGGUGCAUGAAAGGCUACGUAAUGCUGAAAGUCGGGAUGGAGCUUCAUUUUUUACCCUCUUUGGCCCAGCCCUUUGUCUUGGUAUCAUAUCGAGAAGGAGAGUGCAUUAUGAAGCAAUCAAGUAUGAGAAAGAACGAAAUGCUGGAUUUUUAUCACCCUUUGGAUAUUCUGCUGUCACUGUUGCUGCAGCAGCUGAUGCUGUUUGUUCAAUGGAGUGGUACUGGCUUAUGUCUCUAAGAAGUCUAAUAAGUGAAGGAGGAAUCUAUUCUACACGGAUAUGGAGAUGGAAUGGCUAUCUAAUACAGUAUACAGUUGCUGGAAAUGAAGGUCCUGCCGUUCUGCUUGUGCAUGGUUUUGGUGCAUUCUUUGAGCACUACCGUGACAAUAUAUAUGGCAUUGCUGAAGGUGGAAACCGUGUUUGGGCCGUCACAGUUUUAGGAUUUGGCAAAUCAGAAAAACCAAAUAUUGUAUACACUGAAUUAAUGUGGGCUGAAUUACUGAGAGAUUUUGUUGUUGAAGUUGUGGGUGAACCAGUACAUCUUAUAGGGAAUUCAAUUGGUGGCUAUUUUGUUGCCAUUGUUGCUUGCCUUUGGCAUGCUUUGGUCAAGUCUGUUGUCCUUAUCAACAGUGCUGGAGAUGUUGUUCCUGAACAUUCAUUUACACAGUUCUCUAGUGAAAGACAGACUUCUGGCCCCGCAUGGCUAGGUGCUCGACUCCUUUUGUUCUACUUGAGAUUGAAUAUCAGUAACGUAGUGAAACAAUGUUACCCAACUAGGACAGAGCGAGUUGAUGACUGGCUCAUAGGUGAAAUGCUAAGAGCAUCUCAUGAUCCUGGGGUGCUGGUAGUGUUGGAAAGUAUUUUCAGCUUCAAUCUCUCACUUCCUCUUAGUUAUCUCUUGGAAGGAUUCAAUGAAAAGGUUCUAAUCAUACAGGGAAUGAAAGAUCCAAUAUCUGACUCCAAAUCUAAACUGGAUAUGCUUAGAGAACAUUGUCCCGGGUUUGCAAUUAGGGAAUUAGAUGCUGGCCAUUGCCCACAUGAUGAGCGGCCGGAAGAAGUGAAUUCUUUAAUCUGCAAAUGGAUAGAGACCAUAGAAAAUCCGGUACUUGUUUACCGUAAAUGGUCCAAUUACGGUACUGGAGGGGUAAAGUUGUCCCCAAAAUGAUCACCCUUGGACCCUCUCGAACAUUACCAUUAGCAAAUAUUCUUAUUUGAGGCACUACUGUUAAAUUCUAAAGCUAAUCAAGAUCCAGGGGUCAACAUGUGUGGAGUAACCUUGCCUCCAUCCAAGAUCAUAGAAAUUUACUUUGGUCGAAGCACAAGUUUUAAAUUUUAGAAGCUAGCAUUUGAAUCCAAAUAAUUCCCAUCCAGAAACACUCCUGAUGGACAAAGGUGUAGAUCAAGUCAAAAAUACUUGGGUCUUUAUCGCUCAAUAUAGUUUUUUCUAUAUCCA